UUCACACAAAGCCUUCAGCGAGUCUUUAUCAAAUUCUAAGCUUCAUCAGAUUGAUACUUAUCCAGCGGCUUAAAACAAAUGUAUUAAGUUUCAUGUACACGUAAUAUAUUGCUGUCAUUUACGUGACAUCGCGCGCGCAGGGAACUGCUACCCGGUCCUCGUCGGUAUCGGUGGUCGCGCUUGGAGAUGAGCAGUCCCGAUGCGGGUUACGCCAGCGACGACCAGACCCAGGCAAGGGGUGCGAACUCAGUCAUGAUGCCCAUUAUGGGCCACUGUGCGUGGGGGACCGACCCGCUCAGUCCGCGCACCAUAGACACCAAAGGCGCCAAAGUUGAGUCGUGCGCAGGAGCUCCGGGUCGCGGGAAGAGUGAACCCCGAAUCCGCAGGCCGAUGAACGCGUUCAUGGUUUGGGCGAAGGACGAGCGCAAAAGACUUGCACAGCAGAAUCCGGACCUUCACAAUGCGGAGCUCAGUAAAAUGCUUGGGAAAUCCUGGAAGUCGCUGGCGGUGGCGGAGAAGCGUCCCUUCGUGGAGGAGGCGGAGCGGCUGCGCGUGCAGCACAUGCACGACCACCCCAACUACAAGUACCGGCCGCGCCGACGCAAGCAGGUGAAGCGCAUCAAGCGCCUGGACAACAACUUCCUGCUGCCCGGCUCCUGUGGCCCGUCCGACCCCCAGGCUGUCUCCUCGCUGACCCUGGAGGGCCUGGCCCUGGGCUACCACCAUCCCCAUCACCACCACCACCACCACCACCUACACCACGAGCACGCCAGCUACCCGCUCUCGACACCUCCCGCCGGGCUGGGACAGUACUCCGAGUCCCCGGCUCUGCUGGGGCCCAUGGGGUUCGACGCCUACACUCUGCCCACGCCGCCGGAGUCAUCCCCGCUCGACGGGGUGGAGAGCGAGGGCCUGUAUCUCCAGUCGCACAGCCCGCAGGACGAGUGUGCCUCGCUGCCCCCUGGUUACCACGGCUACCAGUUGUCGAUGUCUGACUACACGUCACCAGCUCAGCAGCAGCAGCCAGUUCACCUCCUGAGCCCUCACGCACAGCAGCAUAGCAGCUCACACACACCACAACAACAACAACAACAACAACAACAACAACAACAACAGCAACAGCAACAGCAACAGCAACAGCAGCAGCACAGUGUGUCACCCUCCGCACAACACCAGCACGCCGCCUCGCAUUCCCAGCAGUCUUUGCAGUCAGGACACAGCCCGCACCCUCAGCAGCAGACGCUGCAACAAGGCGUCACACACGGCCUACAGCAGGGCAGCACCAUGCCCCUGCAGCAUGCCAACCAUGCCACCCACCCCCACCCACACCCACACCCACAUCCACACCCACACCCACACAGCCCUCUGUCCAGCAGCAUCCACACACACGCCAGCCCCCUCUCCCACCCGGGCCCGGCGUUCCACAGGCACCUGGGCAGUCCUCCCGAGGCCGUGCCAUCAAUGGCUGCCCAAUACAUGGGCUGCCCCCCGUCUCUGGGGGUCUUCUAUGGUGGUGGAGGAGGGGUAGCCAAGCGAAUGGCUGAAGGGGGACAACAGCAACAGCAGCAGCAGCAGCAGCAGCAGCAGGGACAGGGACAGCAGCAGGGACAGGGACAGCUCUCCCCUCACGCGGACGCUCACGGAGGUCCGGUCGGGGCCACCAGCUCUGCGGAGCUCCUGGGGGACGUGGACAGCAGUGAGUUUGAGCAGUACCUGCCCUACGGCGCUCCGGACGCCAGCAUGCAGGGCCCCGAGAGCCUGAUCUCCAGCGUGCUGUCCGAUGCCACCACCGCCGUCUACUACUGCAACUACAGCAGUGCCUGAGAUGUACACUGUGUGCACAGUUUGUUUAAAAAGGGCUAGUCGGGAGGACCAACAUGGAAAAAAGGCAACGUCGCUGCAACCAACGUAAGGAAAACCAGAACUAAAAAACAACCAGAAUUCACUUGAACCAAAACAGAGGUAACAUGCUGCAGGGAUAUUUGACAUUGUUUUAUGUUCACAGUGCCUUACAGUAUAUGGGUGUAAUAUUUAAAAAAAAAAAAAAACAAUCUCAUGUGUCAUAAUCUUCUAUUUUGUUUAGUUGGCUCAAUUCAUUAUUUUUUACCGACCCUCACAUGGGUGGUGCAGAACACUGGAGUUAAUGCAGCAUUAGAAUACUACCAAUAUUCACUUAUUCACUGUAUGGCAUGUGGAGAGCCCAAUAAACGACAUAACCGUCUCAAUCACUAUGUAGUGAACCUGAUAGUGAACAAGUGAAUAUUUUUGGAUGUGGGCUGCCUGUGUCAUUCAGACCACUAAUCACCAACGCACUCAGAUCUCCCUCACUCACGUCAAACUGUAUAAGUUGUGGCUAAGGGAGUGUAUGUAAUUAAACAUAAAUGAACAAUGUUUGAUAUGAACAAUCUAACCAUUGUAAAAUUACAGAAAUGCUGUCAGAAGCCGUAAGUGUCAUGUUUUGUAUUUAAAAUGAAAUUUGAAGGGAUUUUUUAAAUAACGGGGCAAUGUGUGUAACAAUUGAUUAAAAUAAAUGAA